AUGUCUUUCUCUUCUUUUUUAUCAUUGCCAAUGGCAAAGCUAAGAAACAGUCUCUCUCCAAAUAACCUCACCAAAACUCUCUCCUUCUUCUUCUUCUCUCUCCUCGCCGCAACAGCUCCUUCACUCUCCUCCGCCACCUCCGCCACAGACACUUUCGUCUAUGGUGGCUGCUCCCAGCAGAAAUUCUCUCCGGCGUCUCCUUAUGAGUCAAACCUCAACUCUCUUCUCACUUCUCUAGUCAACUCUGCCACAUACUCUUCCUACAACAACUUCACCGUCAUGGGCUCUUCCUCCUCCGACACAGCCCGUGGACUCUUCCAAUGCCGCGGCGAUCUCUCAAUGCCGGACUGCGCCACGUGUGUGGCACGUGCCGUCUCCCAAGUGGGACCUCUUUGCCCUUACACUUGCGGUGGGGCCCUCCAGCUAGCUGGAUGCUACAUCAAGUACGAUAAUAUUAGCUUCCUCGGCCAAGAAGACAAAACCGUUGUCCUAAAGAAGUGUGGACCCUCUGAGGGUUACAACACCGAUGGGAUCAGCCGGAGAGACGCCGUUCUCACGGGACUACUUAGCGGCGGAGGGUAUUUUCGAGCCGGAGGGUCCGGUGAUGUUCAAGGUAUGGGACAGUGUGUAGGAGAUCUAACGGUUUCCGAGUGCCAAGAUUGUGUAGGAACGGCAAUCGGACGGCUAAAAAACGAUUGUGGCACGGCUGUCUUUGGAGACAUGUUCUUGGCUAAGUGUUACGCAAGAUAUUCUACUGAUGGUGGACAAUACAAUGCCAAGUCUCAUAAAUAUAAAACAAACUACGGAGGAGAAAGGACGUUUGCGAUCAUCAUAGGACUACUAGCUGCAGUUGUUCUUCUAAUUAUCUUCCUUCUCUUCCUCAGAGGCGUUUGCAGUCGUGGAGGUAAAUAAUUGUCAAAGAGUGUGGAUCUCAAAGAAGCAAAAACAAUUCAGAUGAGAUGUAUAUUGCUUUGGAUUCUGUCGACUUUAUUUCUUUUUUCUUUUCAAUUACUUUUCAGUACUAUUUUAAUUAUGUUGUUUCGAUUGUUGUUACAUAAUACGGGUGAUAAUAA